AAGACAGUUUAAAGCCAGACCUACCUUGAGCUUCAUAAAUUGAAGCCAUCAGUCUGCAUUAUUUCAAAUUCAUUUGUUUAAAAACCGUGUUUGAUAACGGAAUUCCUGUUGAACAACUACCCAUUGUCCAGAAAGAUCCACCAAUCAGAGAAUUGCGGCCAGCAAAGCCCAUGAAACCAGCCCAGGAGUGACCGCCCACUCCCAUGAUGUUAGUGUAAAUGACGCAAUGGAGUCGGUGUCUCUUCACCCUUAAAUUAAAUAUAUUUGUACAUAUCGUAAUAUUUAGCAAUAAACGUAAAGUAUAUAGUUUUUUACUUAUAAUUAACAACCUAAAAUCAAUAGUUAUAUUCCAAUAAUUUUUAAUUCGACUAUGUCAUUUGCAAUGCUUCACGGGACUGUAGUUCAUGUUUUGUGAAAGCCGGUAAGUACUAGUCUUGUACCUUUAUCUUUUUAUCCUAUUUUCAAAUACUUUUUUGCCUCAAAUACAAAGUUUGUAAUCUUGUGAUUCACCUCGGAGCUGGUUAGUUUUAUGAAAAGAUGCAAAAAAUUCAUGGAAAAAAUACUUCCGGAACCAUGACGGCUGAAAAAGUAGGCAGUACUGUUGCGCUCUAUGGCAAGUUGUACUGUAAAAAUGCAUUACGUUUGGUCUGUUCUCACCCAAAACCGAUUGGAUCGCUUCAGAAGACAUGGAUUAAACAACUGGAGUCUAAUAGAUUACUUUUAUACUGCCUUUAUGUGAACUUCCUUUAAAAAAGUACCAUGAUACUACCAUGAUGCCCUAAAACAAGGUAUUGCCAAGGUACAUGUCCAACAAAUCUGGUAUUACCACGGUACAGCGUCCAGAACUACCCUUCAUCUUAAAUUAGUGUCUACUAUGAGAACUUAGGCUUCAUUAGUUCAUGAAACACAAGUAGAACGAAUUACAGUAGGCUACUGCUUCAGUUCUACUCGUGUUUUAUGAAUGAGGCUGAAAUUGUCUAAUCUGCGGGAUACAAAAAUAUUUACAUUUAUUUAAAUAUAGACACAAUUAAUUGAAUGAAGUUUGAACACACAAAACCUGUUUUUCCCUUCUCGUAAUAUUCAUAUACUAUUUUGAGAAGCAAAAAGUACUGAUAUCCAUUGAAUGAGGAGAGGUGGUUUGUUUACGCGCGAAAUCUGGAGUCACGUGACGGUACAAAGGCAGCAUUUAAGCCACUGGCGCGCUCUUCUCACACACCAAACAGCACGAGUUGACUACUGAGAAGUUAUUGAAUACAUUUCUUGCCAUAUCAAGUGAGUAUUAUCUUUGUCUUGCUUGAUGUCCGGUAGUUCUUAAGGAUUAAAUAUAUUAUUGUUUUUUCGUUUCAGAAGUGGCAGCUUUUGUACGGGUUUGAAUUACAUUUUUGGUUGCUUAAACACAGUCAGAGGCCUAGUCAGCCUUUUUAGGUUAAGCUUUUUUUUUUUUUUUUUUUUUUUUUUUUUUAAACAGACAUUACCUUAAAUUGUCUCAAAUACAGAGUUUUGUACAUGACGUUUUUAUGACCUCAUUUGUACUAAAAAAACAAAAAGAACUGCAAAGGGGAAAAGGUGACAAGUGCUGGGAAAUUUUAAAUGGUGUCAAGUUACAUGACCUAAUUUACACUUUCCUUUUUGCAUGUAAUUGGACCUUCAAUCUUGAUUAAGGACAUGUCCGCUACCAAUGUCCAGUUUGUCUUCAGGCUGUUGUGAUAAAAUUGAGUGUUUUUAAUGGAAGGUUUUUUUUGUUUUUAAUUUAGGUGAAACAUGAGUUCAGUCAGAAGGGUUAAGCAUGCAGAGAAUCCCUCUGAAAACAUCAAGAAAUUCCUUGUAGUGCCAACACCUGGAACAGGAUCAGGAAGGAGGACAUUCCAGGUCCUUCAGCCAGCUGCGGUAAAUAAGAACCUGGGACGGAUAGUUGAGAAUGGCAAAGCUGUUCCCAAAAGGAAGAUGUGGAGCGCUGAGCAAGAAAAGGGCUCAAAGAGAGUCAAAGCAGAGGUGGCAGUAAAAUCCACAAGCCCAGAAAAUGAGAACCAGCCUGAAGGGAUCACCCAAGAAGCUUAUGAGUUUAUGAUCAAAGAAACUCCUGGCUGCUCAUACUGGAAGGAGGUAGCAGAAGAGAGGCGGAAAGCCCUGUUCAGUGUUCUCCAGGAGAAUGAAAAGUUGCACAAAGACAUUGAAGCCAAAGAUGAACAGAUUGCUCAACUGAAGAACGAGAACGAAGAGUUGCAGGAGUUGGCGCAGCAUGUACAACACAUGGCCGACAUGAUUGAAAGAUUAACUGGUAAAAGUCCAGACAAUCUAGAGGAGCUGCGAGAGAUGGCCUUUGAUGCAGAGGAUGAAGCGGAAGCAUAUGAAGAUGAGGAAGAAGAGCAAAAUGAAGAGAGCCAAGAAAGUGUGGAUCUGGGCCCAGACGAGCACAUCAUGGUCCAAUGUCAAGAUAAGGAUGAUUCCACAACAGAAGAAAGCUGAAAUUACUCCUUUAGAAAAUAUUGAACUGAAAAGAACUGAGACCAGUGGUUUUGGUCUGACGUGAUUUUUAUUUUUAGCUUAUUUGCUUUGCGGAACUAACGUGCACCUUUUGUUUUAAUACUAUUUUAAUUUCUGUAAAUGAGCUUUAUUUUCAGUACCCAUAGUUAUUGUGCAUUUUCACUGCCAGUGUACAUAUGUAAAAUUAAAUGCAAUGGAAAAACUCA